AUGCGAAAACACAUGUUCCUUCGAAUUGUAGAAGCCAUCAGCAACACUGAUGAUUAUUUCCAAAUGAGAAAUGAUGCGACUGGGAGAAUGGGCCUUUCACCAUUGCAAAAACAGACUGCUGCAAUUCGUAUGUUGGCUUAUGGAUCCUCGACCGAUAGUGUAGAUGAGUAUGUGUGUAUUGGUGAAAGCACUGCACGAAAAUGCAUGGCGAGAUUUGUUAAAGGAAUAAAUGAGGUAUUUGGGCCAGAGUACUUAAGAAAAACGAACAACAAAGACAUCGCACGCCUUAUGGAAUUGGGGAAGGCGCGUGGCUUUCCUGGGAUGUUAGGUAGUAUUGACUGUAUGCAUUGGAUUUGGGAAAAUGGUCCUACUGCAUGGAAAGGUCAAUAUUGUCGAGGUGAUCAUGGUUCAAAUAACGACAUCAACGUCCUCAACCAAUCUGAUGUCUUUAACGACGUUUUGCAAGGGAAAGCUCCUGAGCUAGAAAAUGACGCUUCAACGCCUGAAGUAUUUAGCGGCCCUCAUCCUGAUUUUGCAACGUACCUUCAAAAGAGAGCUCAAGUUCGUGAAAAGACAGUACAUCUUCAUCUUCAAGCAGAUUUAGUGGAGCAUGUUUGGGAACAUUUUAGACGUGAAGAUAAUCACAAUUAG